GAUAAAAUGUAUAAUUCUGAAUUUUUCUAUGAGAAUAUGAAGAUACCUUCAAUCACUUUGAUUUGAAGACAGGACUGAAGAUGGAAAUGUGUUCUCAGACAGCAGUCGCCAACCUUUCGGACCUCACGGACCACCAGUAGUCCGUGGGCUACCGGUUGGUGACCACUGUUUUAAGAGGUUGAAAUCUUGGGCUCUAAAAUAGAAGGCCCUGAUUCAGCUCCUGGUUUUGUUACUAACAGAUGUGUAACUUUCAGCAAGAUAAGGACUCACAAUUCCAGAUAAUUAAACAAGCUAGAACUGCAGUUGGAAAAGAUGGUGACUAUUAUAAUCAAAGGAUUUAUUCUUCAUUACCUGUCGAAGUUCCUCUGAAUCACAAACGAUUUGUUUGUGAUCUGACCCAAGCUGAUCGUCUUGCCCUCUAUGAUUUUGUAAUUGAGGAGACAAAGAAAAAGCGCUCUGAUUCUCAAAUUAUCGAAAAUGACAGUGAUCUCUUUGUAGACUUGGCUGCAAAAGUCAAUCAAGAUAAUAGUCGAAAAAGUCCAAAAUCUUACCUUGAAAUCUUGGCAGAAGUGAGGGAUUAUAAAAGAAGACGUCAAUCCUAUAGAGCUAAGAAUGUUCACAUAACCAAGAAAUCAUACACUGAGGUGAUUCGGGAUGUGAUAAAUGUGCACAUGGAAGAACUCAGUCAUAAUUGGCAAGAAGAGCAGGAAAAAGCAGAGGAUGAUGCUGAAAAGAGAGAAGAAAGGCGAUCAGCUUCAGUAGAUUCCCGGCAGUCUGGUGGAAGCUAUUUGGAUGCUGAGUGUUCACGGCAUAGAAGGGAUCGGAGUAGGAGCCCACAUAAACGAAAAAGAAAUAAAGAUAAAGAUAAAAAUUGGGAAUCAAGAAGGAGGAAAGAGAGGUAAGUCUAAUAUUGUAUUGUCCAACAGUGAAUUGUUUACCUUAAGGUAGAGUUUCUUAAAUAAUGUGUAGGUAGACAGUUAAUCGUGUUAAAAAGCUGUUUGCUUUUUUUUUUCCUGCUUCUUCCUUCCUCCCUUCAACUGUCCCUCUCUCUUUUUGUUUUCUUCCUUUGCUAAUUCCUAAGGUGUAG